AUCGAUAUCGCGCACGCUUUUAAAUUCGCGAUGUACGCCACUGGCUUAGUUGCCGCGCAAGUGUGAGACGGUGCGUUCGUUUUUCACCUUUACAUAACCUACGAACAAGCCGAGGGCGAAAUGGACCGKAUUUUUGAACAUUUGUAAACUGGGAAAAAUGGCCUCAACACUUGGAAAAAUUGCACUGGGUGGCCUCACCACCACCUUAGGUGCCGGCUUUGCAACUUACCUCUUCCUCACAGACGACAAAGACAAUCGAUGGGGCGCCGUCUACGCCCAACACAGCCUCGCUAAGACCAAACGGAAUCUUCCGACUCGCGACGAGCAAAUAAAAUCGUUGCAGAACGACUCUUUCGACGUGCUUGUCAUCGGCGGUGGGGCCACAGGAGCCGGUUGUGCCCUCGACGCCGUCACUAGGGGGCUCAAGACGGCUCUCGUCGAAGCUGAUGAUUUCGCAAGCGGGACUUCUAGUCGGAGCACSAAGCUGAUUCAUGGAGGAGUGCGGUACCUCCAGAAGGCAAUCAUGCAACUGGAUAUUGAGCAGUAUAGGAUGGUCAAGGAGGCGCUGCACGAACGGGCUAGUAUGUUACAGUCGGCCCCCCAUUUGGCACAUCCUUUACCCAUCAUGCUUCCGGUCUAUACGUGGUGGCAAGUUCCGUAUUAUUGGGUGGGGAUUAAGAUGUACGAUAUCGUCGCUGGGAGAAAAACCCUAAAAUCGUCUUAUCUCCUUUCGAAAAAGAACGCUUUGGAGUUGUUCCCAAUGCUUCGGGGGGACAAGCUUUGUGGGGCUAUUGUUUAUUACGAUGGACAACAAGACGACGCUAGGAUGAAUCUCGCUAUUGCUUUAACAGCCACUCGGCAUGGUGCCACUGUCGCCAAUCACGUUUCCGUAACCGGACUUCUUAAGGAAAAGAAUUCCUCCGGGAAAGAGGUGGUGUGUGGCGUUAGUGUCAAGGACGAAAUUACCGGAAAAAAAUGGAACGUUCCGGCGAAAUGCGUCAUAAAUGCCACCGGACCGUUCACGGAUUCCAUCCGGAAGAUGGACAACCCGGAAGUGAAAACGAUUUGUUCGCCCAGUAGUGGGGUCCAUAUUACCCUUCCGGGGUACUACAGCCCGGAACAGAUGGGUCUCCUCGACCCCAGUACCAGCGAUGGUCGCGUGAUUUUUUUCCUCCCGUGGCAGAAACAGACCAUUGCCGGCACGACAGACCUUCCGUGUGACGUGACCCACCACCCCAAGCCGACCGAAGACGAGAUUUUAUUUAUUUUAGAAGAAGUUAAGAAUUAUUUAAAUCCAGAUGUAGAAGUAAGACGUGGGGAUGUCUUGUCGGCUUGGAGCGGGAUAAGACCCCUCGUUUCCGAUCCCAAUAAACCAGAUACGCAGUCGCUUGCCCGCAAUCAUAUCGUACAUGUCAGUGAUAGUCAUUUGGUAACGAUAGCGGGGGGCAAAUGGACGACUUAUCGUGCCAUGGCUCAGGAGACCAUUGAUGCGGCGAUUGCGGCUUGUUGUCUCAAACCGGUGCAUAAAGAGUCUCAGACUGAUGGGUUGUUGUUAGAGGGGGCGCACGGAUGGACCCCCACGAUGUACAUUAGGUUAGUGCAGGAUUUCGGUUUGGAGUGUGAAGUGGCGCAACAUUUGUCCAAGUCGUAUGGGGAUAGAGCGUUCACGGUGGCUAAGAUGGCAGCACUGACAGGUAAGAGGUGGCCCAUCAUUGGCAAAAAAAUCCAUCCCGAAUUCCCUUACAUCGAUGCCGAGAUCAGAUAUGGAGUCCGAGAGUACGCAGUGACAGCUGUUGACAUGAUCGCACGACGGCUUCGUUUGGCUUUCCUCAACGUGCAAGCCGCUCAAGAAGCCCUUCCUGAGAUUAUCAGUAUCAUGGCUGAGGAGUUAGGCUGGUCUGAUGAGGAGAAGCAAAAGCAGCACAAGGACGCUACGAUUUUCCUCCAAAACGAGAUGGGUCAGAACGUCAAUCGCGCAAGCAGGGACAAAAUCCCCAUUAAUUUGAGUAAAGAAGAGAUUCAAUUGUAUAUCAAGAGGUUCCAAAUUAUCGAUAAGGACCGCAAAGGAUACGUCUCGAUCAAUGAUAUAAGGAGGAGUCUCAAGUCUCUAGGUAUGAAACUAACCGAUGACGAAAUUCAUCACCUCUUAUCCGAUAUUAACGUAACAUACAACGGCCAAUUGGAACUGGCUGAUUAUUUACAGCGGGAUGAUGGAAAGGAGGUUCCUGGUGAGGAGCUCCACGAAAUACUUCGAGAGAUUGAUACGAAUAUGAAUGGACAAGUUGAACUUGACGAGUAUUUGCAGAUGAUGUCUGCCAUUAAGUCAGGUCACGUGGCGUAUUCAAGAUUUGCUCGAAUGGCCGAACUCGAAGAACAAAAACACGAGAAAGAAAUGCUCAAAAAGAAGAUUUCGGUAGAGCGCAGCGGCGGCGGCGUAUAAAAUAAAGAAAAUAUUUGUAAAUAAAAAUAUUGUCAAUUUGUAUA